UUUUGUCAUUACGUACACAGAGGCUUGUCUGAGCUGCUAUAAACGAACGCUUCUCUUGAAACCCAACACUAGGUCACAGUCAGGAUGUGUUCAGAAGAUCUCGAGUGUGGAAUCUGUUACGAACCCUACAACGCGGCUCAGCGGUGUCCCCGGGAGCUCCGCUGUGGACACAGCUUUUGUGAAAGUUGUCUCGUGGCUCUGUGUCUGGACGGCUCCAUCGCGUGCCCUCUGUGCCGCCAAAUCACACACGUGCCCGUCGGUGUCGCGAGGGUACGAGCGGUCCUGCGAGUGGACGAAUGCGUCCUGGAACGGAUGAUGUCGGCAGGGGUUUUCCUCGGUGACGACAACGCAGCUGAUGAUGACACAGACAACAGCGAUGAGAUUAACGAGGAAACGCCUGACGCGAGCUGUCUGGAGGAGACUGGUGAAAGUGAUUCAUCGUCUGGUUCAAGAGCCGGCAGGUUUCGGCAGUCGUUGAAGAAAAUGUGGAGACUGAUCCUCGGAAUCAAACCUCAGGGUGACAGAGAGCGCGAUUGUGUCACCGACGAGGAAUUCAGGGACUUUGCCAUGAUGUCAUUCUACACGUUUUGACGAGUCUACUGCCUACUUGCCGCACUUAAUAGCUGGACUAUGAGCAAGGCAUCCGCAGGCGACUCAGCAUUUCAAUAGCCUAUGUCAAUAUAUAAAUAUGUGCCAAAGGAGGUCUUACACUUAUGGGUCUUUAUCACUGUAUAUUAACUGUUGUUUUGAGUGCCUGGAUAUUUCCUUGAAUACCCUUUUUUUCCGGAUACAUGUUUUAAUUUGUAUGUUUUUAUUUAAAAUAAUCUAUUUAAUUUCUCUAAAGUAUUUCAAGUGUUUUCUGUAUGCCUUCUACUGUGUUUUGCAACUUUUGCCUAUGUGUGUGUGUAUAUGCAUAGGCCUAGGCCUAUAGUAUUAUAUGCCUAUAGGCUAUAUGUUAUUUUCUAUUAAAAACGUAAGCCCUAAAAGCUCCAAAGGUCUGCCUUGUGUGUUUUCUAGUUUGCCUGUUGUGAAUCAAUAAUGUGGCACAUCAAUAAUGUGCCAAAGGAGGUCUUACACUUAUGGGUCUUUAUCACUGUAUAUUAACUGUUGUUUUGACUGCCUGGAUAUUUCCUUGAAUACCCUUUUAAAAAAAAAAUAUAUAUAUAUAUAUAUAUAUAUUGGGCCUACUGGUCCAACUGGAAAGCCGGAACGAUUUCCCGGUCGCACAGCACAUGGUACAAAGUAGCCUACGUCGCGCAUACGUCACAUCUGCCCAGCGCUUGCAGGUGCAUAAGAUUGGUUUUUAUCAUUGACGGGAUUUGGACGAGCUAAGACGAUAAUCUGGCAGUGCACCAUUUGUAGGCCUAGGAUUGUUGUUUAAUCAAAAUAUCCUUCGAGAUCUUCGUCUGACAGCUAUAAAUAAAUGAUAAAGUUGACAACUGUAAAUCAUGCUAUGCGGUAGACCUAUCGAUUUGCAUUCAAGACUUCUCAUUCUGUUGGUCUGUUGGGUUUCAACGUCACUUAUCCCGAUGUCAGAAGCUUCUGGAGUGAGAAUUGAAACAACUGUUGGAGAGGAAAACCAAUUAAAGAGGGAGACACAGCACUUUUUACACCAUGCCUACGUUCCUGGUCGCCAGCAACGCUUUCCAGUUGGGCAAUCACCCAGCCAGCAAUCGGGACCACAACUCCUUCCAGAUACCACCACCAGCAGCGGCACCAACGAGCCACCUCAUCCCAACAUAGUCAUGGUCCGUGCGUCAAAGCUCAAGAGACCCGUGAAACGCAACCCUCCCAAUGCAGUGCCACAUGACUUGGUGCACCCCCAAUUUGGUACUGGUAGUAGUACAAGAAAGGGCCGGUAUUUGCAACCUAGAAUCUUCAGAGGAGUCUGGGGCCACCGUGUGGGUACAGAGGAGUCUGCUAGAAGCUCGAACCAUGGGCGCCUCAAUCCGAGGCGAUCAACGCUUGAGCAGAAGCAAACCAGAGCUAAUCAGGCCUCUGUCGCUCUCUUGAGCUCCUCCAGUCACCGUAGUCCAGAGCCCCGUGGGUUUAGAAAGAGUCAAACUCAUCAGAAUAGUUCUGAUGAGACAAACGCUUCUGUGCACAAGCUCGGGCAAUCUGGUGGUGUCCUAUCAAAUGGUGGUGAAGAAACCUGGCAAAAAGAAGGCCUGUCGGAAACCCAACGUUUCCCUCCAAGAUUUCUUCUUCCAUUGGCUGGAAAACCGAACGUCGUCCUGGAUUCUGCCGACGAAAAUGACGUUCAUCCAAGCACACAAGACAGAACCAUCCCCUGGUCACAUCGCCUCUCUUCUCAAGCACCUCCUCAUGACUUCAGUCCAGUCCUUUCUUCCAGAAGUGGUGCGCUUUGGAAGUCUGAAUGGCCUCAAAGUAAUGAAAAGGCCUCAAUGAGUGAUGGCCUUAGUUCCUUUGGUAAUAAAUCCGGCAAGCUCACCACAACCAUGCUAGAUAAUCAGGCCCUGUUCAUCACAAAAGUGUCUAAGCCUGCAGUGAAAGGGCCUAAUGAGGGGCCAAAGGCUUUAAAGGUGGGCAAGUGGUAUCUAUUCAACUCCUACAAAACCUCUGGCAAACGGGAGGUGGCUGGUGUUUCCGGUGCCAGGCAACACUCUGGACAAAGUCUUUCUCCUUCAGCAAGGAGUCAAAACAUGUCUCCUUCGCUUAAAAUGUCUGUGCGGCAGCCAUCCUCUCACAGGCAGGAUCAGCUAUCAGAACAAGAAGCAGCCAGCAGUGAUGUUCAUCCUUCUUUUGGCAAGGCUAUACCACUUGGCACACAAAGUGGAAGAUCCAUGGCUCAUUUUAAAGAUCAACAUAAAGGCUUUAAGGAACCCAGCCGGCUUAAGUCUCAGGAAUCGGUUAUGGAAGUCUAUAAGAGACUUCUUGCUAUCCCCUAUGGCGGUUUGAGCAAAAAGACAAAACUUAAGAGCUCCAGCUAUGAUAAAACCACAAACUCACCAACUGAAAAGGCUCAUGACUACACCCCUGUGUCUCAGAAGUAUGGAUUCAGUCAGAGGGCUGAGGUUGUUUACACCACCACGGCCCCACUAGAAGCUCAGCGGGGCCCCAGAAAACACAGUGUUCAGUCAGGGUCCAUCAUUCUUCUACCUCCCAGAGAUAUCUUUCGGUCCGACAGUGUAAUUUCCCGAAAAUCCAAGCUAUCUGCUAAUGAUGUGCCAUCACAGCAGGAGAAAUACAAGGUUUUACAACCCUCAAGUGUUCAACUGAAACUAAAUAUGGCUAAAAGUGAAUCCAAACCAGGAUUUAGAGGUCUUCAGCCUCUAAUCCCCGACAUGGGCUACAAACCAUAUCUGUCGGGAUACACGAGUAACAGUGGAAAAUAUCCUUUUGGAGGAAUGCUUGGCCUUAAUUUCCGCACUUCAACCUCAGGGCCGCUAGAGGGCGCCGACGCUUCAGAUACAAACACUGCUGAAAAUGACAUAAUAAAACCAGACAAGAAUAAGAUCUUCUCUUUUAAAGCAAUAACAAGGGAAAUGACUCCAAGGCUCAGUGAUGGUUAUCAUCAGGUGGGAUCAGCUGUCUACAGGAUUGGUACCAAAACAAGCCACGCUGAAGCGAUUGUGGAACCUGGUGUGAUCCGGUCUAUACCCGAUGGUCCUCGAAGCCCAAUCCGUUAUGGACGUUUACCCAGCCAAGUGUCGUCUUUCCCUGGGCCCUUUGAAGGUGAAGUGAGCAGUGAUGUCGGAGCACAAUUCACAAAAUUAAAACGUCAAUUGACUCCAGUUGAUGCAACAAAGGGAAAAUCCUACAGUGACCCUAGGAGGCCCCACUCCUCAAUCGCGGCAUUUGACCCGACCAACACGAUCAAGAGAAAACAUCGUCCCACAGGCUCUUCCCCGCACGCCAGAUGGAAAACAGAACGCGCAUCCAUCAUCACCCGGGUUUCCCAGCCCAGGACCGGGCGGGCCCCCCCGGCCGUACCCCUUAAUUACAACUUCCUUAACAGGCCCUCCAGGCCCAUGGUGCAGGGCCGGCGCAGCAAGGUCAAUGGGGUCAGAGUCGAGUCCCCAUCUCCCGGGACCUCGGCCAGCGACAGCGGCCUGCCAACGGAGUGGGCGUCAAAGAUUGCCGGCGCCUUUUUUAACGUUACAUUUUCAGACAUCCUUGGAAGCGCUCACCACACGAGCGAAAUGGGCAGCCCAGCUGAGGACGGGAAGAGUAGCGGUCGUCCCCGGCCCACAGGUAACCCUUCCAGUUGGGGCCGGUCUAGUCCUGGGGAGGGCAGUUCCUCUCCUCGACUGGAUUCCAGGCCGGCACCCAAGCGGCGUAGGGUAAAGGGAUACAGUGAGCAAGGAGGCGAGGGCUUCUGGUUCGUCCCUGUCAGGGGGGGCGACGGGUUGCCAGUGGAGAGGCCACGUCUCUCAAACCAGGCCCACCAGGUCAGCCAGGAGUCGCCAAACAGCCUGUCCAGACCGAGCCCGAAGGCCGAAUGGAGUUACCUUAAGACUUCAGCUGUUGACGGCUCAGUCAGACAAAGUGCCUCGUUCAGAUAACCAUACACAAACGUGAUGUUCGGUACUAAAGUACUUGGAGGACUGGUGUGCUUUGGUUAAAUUAUGUUUUGGAAUUGUAAUAAAGAGUUGAUCAAAUGUUCAAGUGUUCCAAAAUUGGCCUGGAGUUAUC